GAAUGUAGAUACUUAUCUAUUUAAAUUCAUGAGUUUAUAAAAAGAGAAAGCAUAUCCAAGCGAGAGCGUCAGUGAAAUCGAAAAUGGCUGCCGUGAGCAGUACUGUUGAUCGUCGAGGAGCGCAAAAUCAAACAAUGUCAACAAAACCCGCACAUAUAUUAAUCUUUAGUGGAAAGAGAAAAUCGGGAAAAGAUUAUAUCACGGAUAAAUUAUAUGAGAGAAUCGGGAGCGAUGAAAGUGUUAUUAUAAAAUUGUCAGGCCCAAUAAAAACUCAUUGGGCUAAAACUUCAAAUUUGGACAUUGAUCAGCUGCUUGGAGAUGGAGCCUAUAAGGAGAAAUAUAGACUUGAAAUGGUUAAAUGGGGGGAAGAAACCAGAAAAAAAGAUUACGGAUAUUUUUGUCGAGCAGCUAUUGAAAUGUACAAUGCUGAGGACAAACCUAUUUGGAUAGUUAGCGACGCAAGAAGAAAGACGGAUAUUCAAUGGUUUUUAGAUAAUUUUGGCGAAAUUUGUAAAACUGUACGAAUAAGUAGCAGUGAAACUGUUAGAAGGAAACGGGGUUGGAAUUUUACACAAGGGAUAGACGACAUGGAGACGGAAUGUGAUUUGGAUGGCGUGAAUAACUGGAAUCUACAUUUACGUAACGAGACUGAAAAUGUGGAAGAUAUAUUAGACAAGAUUUUAGAACUUAUUAAUUGAAUACGUCAAUUCAUAAAUUACUGGUAUAAAAUAUCUAUAAAUUUUCUUAAAUAUUUUGUUAAUUUAUGUGAAUAAUUUAUAAGCUACAGGACGCGCGAGGCACAUUUGAUGAAAGGCGCAUUUUUAAAUAAAAAAAAUAUUAUUAUUAAUUUUAUUAGACCACAGAAUUUAUAAUAUUUUUAAUGUUUAAAAAAACCUGGUUUCUAA